AUGUUUUAUGGUCAUUACAGUUGUGCUUGGAUCAUUAAAGUUUUAGAACCUAAGAUCCCAUUAUGGAUCUUGAUGAUUGCAGUUCAGUUCGUUGAUUUCUUAUUUUCUUUCUUUAUUUUAAUUGAGAUAGAAGAAGCCCACAUUGUUCGUGGAUAUACAAAAGUGAAUGAUUUAAAAUUGGUUUCUAUUCCAUAUACUCACUCUUUAAUCGCCGUAAUUGGAUGGAGCAUAUUAUAUGGAUCAUGGUAUAGAUUUUCUGGUUAUGAUGGUGGAAAUCGUGCCGCGUUCUUGAUAGGAUUGGCUGUGCUUUCUCAUUGGUUUGAAGAUUUGUUAGUCCAUAAUGAAGAUUUAUUAUUAUUGACGAUUGAUGAUAAUGCACCAAAAUAUGGAUUCAAAUUAUGGGAUUAUCCCGUAAUACAUCAUCCAUUUGAAUUACUAUUAUUCUUUGGUUCGUUUUACUAUUAUUUAGUAAGUACUGAAGUACAUCCAUCAAAAAUUUAUUCACCACAAAAUGAUCAAACAAGGGAAACUACUACAACAAUCUCGAAUUUAACUAAUAACGCUACUAAUCAUCAUGAAGGAUCACAAAAUUAUUGGGCUAGCAAAUGGGGUUCGAUUAUAUUAUCGGUAGAUUCUUUCUUGACCAUUUCUGUAUUAAUAAAUCCAUUAUUCGUUCAUUCUUAUAAAACAUUUUCGUAUAAUGAAACGGAGCCAGGAUAUCAAAUUUAUCAAGUGUUAACUUAUCGGGAUGGAACUUCGGUGGUUUACCUGACUAAACCUAUAAAUGAAACCUGCAACGAACCGAGAAUCGAUCUUCGUGUCAUACAUCCAAACGGCACAGUUGAUGUUGUCAAAGUUAAUUAUCCAAUCCCAGAUUUUAAUUUUUGUAUUUUACCAGAUGAUAUUACUUUGCAUAUUGUUCUUUUUCCCUAUAUGCCCGAUUAUAUCUAUGUUCUUUACGAGAACUCUACCGAUAUAAGUUCUGCAAGUUAUUAUGUAUUACUAAUCACCCGCACUGGAAAAAUAAUUAGUAAUACGUUUCUUUCACGCGUUUACAUAUCCAAUGGAACUUUAUCCGUUUCUGGAUCUAUUAUUCCACAUUAUAAUGAAGAAAUUGGCUUUCUUUUCUAUGAUUAUCUAAAGUUAGAAAAUAUUUUGAAAUGGAUUUAUUUUAGUAAGCCUGACUCGGAUGGAAAUUUCCAACGAAUAAAUAGUGGUCAGAUUGAAUUCCAAAAUUUAUCAGAUGUCAUAUCCGCAAUUGAUGGAGUCUUUGGAAUAGUUACUAGUAAACAUGCAAAUAUUUCUAAAUAUUCAAAUAAGUCCCGUGAUGAUUUAAUUGAUCCAACCGAAUCAACAUAUGAACUUUAUAUAACCUUCGUUGGACCAAAUCAAAUGGCUGUUGAUGGGCCAUUCUUACUUUACCAAACUUCCGUACCGAAUUUACAAAUUGAAUCUAUAUGUAAUACUGCUUAUUCAACUAAGGGUUAUUUUUGCAUUCUGAAUAUAGAAGACAAACAUUCUGAAGCACUUAAAAAUUCUUUGAUUAAAAUAACAUUCCAAAAUUCUGGCUCUGUUGUUGAAAUUGAAAACCUUCCGGAUCUUGAAUUAUAUAAAGGAUUAUCAGGAUACUCAAAAUUUGAUAGUUUAUAUAAUGGUGGUUUUUUAUUAAUAAUUUUCAACCGUUCAAAUGGUUCUAUUUACGAAACGAUUGUUCAAUCCAUUAUUCUUGAUAAUAAUGGAAAUUAUUACGGCACAUUGGACCUUCCGGAAAAUUUAAAAGUCUCUGAUACAGGGGGUUUUCGAAAUGGCACUUUUUUUGUUGUUCCCCAAGUAGAUGAUUAUACUUGGAAUAUUUAUUCAAUAGAUAUUCCAAAGUUCUUUCCUAAUGAUAAUGGCUAUAAUAAUCCAAUUAUUAAAGCUACCUAUCCGUUAAUUAAUUCCAAUAUACCUUUAUCAUCAACAAUUAAUAUUAAUAUUACUUAUAACUUUCCAAUAACAAUAUCAACAAAUAAUAUCUCUAUUUAUCAACAUAAUAGUGAAAAUUCUAUAUUGCGACAAUCAGUUCCAGGCAACUCUCAAUAUGUAAAUAGGGCUGGUAAUCAAACAAUAAUUUUAGAUGUUUUGGAAAGUACUUUUAAUCAACCAAAUGCAAUUUAUUACAUUGCCAUUAAUGAUAAUGCUGUUAAAGAUUGGCAAACGAACCAACCGCUAAUUGGUAUUGUAAAUAAUAUUUGGAAGGUUAAUACUAUUGAUAAUCAAGAUAUUUUUGCGGAGGAUGCAACUGGACAAUUUUCUUUGACAAUUGAAGGAACAAGAUAUUUCAAAAACCUUUCAUCAUAUAAUCAAACAAUAUUUUUAUCACAAUUAAGAAUUGAUUUAGCAAAUUCAAUACCUGUGAAUAUUAAUAGAUUAAAUGUUAUUAAAUAUGAAUAUGAUGAAAAUCAACAGCCUCCAAAAAUCAUUUUAACAUUGCCUAUUAAAUCAAUAACAAAUUUAAAUGAGAGAAAUGUCGAUCGUAUCAUAAAAGAUUUAGAUCUUUUGAUUAAAUAUAAAGAAGUUACUCCUAUAUCUUGGUUUGGUACGACAAAUCUUAUAGAUUCGAGAUUUGGGUUUCAACGGACUAGUAAGUAG